GUGCUUCCCCAAAUCCUACACAAUGCAAAAAUAAAAAGAACAUUAACCACCAUGUAGGCUCCCUGUCCCAGUAAUUAUCACUGUAAUCUCUUUUUACACCGUCUUAAUCCUUCUUAGGUGGACUUGCAUAUAAAACUAGAAAUAAAAGUAUUUCAGAAAGAUAUAAUUAACCCCAGCAUAAAGUUUUAUUUCUCAUUCAGAUUUAACUUCCUGAACUAGUUUGGUAUGGAAUACAAUAAUCCACAUUAGAAAAUUACUUUUGGAUGUUUUCAAAGUCAAAGUAAAAUUAAUAUAGAGUGGUAUAUUUUUUUCAUUAAUACAUGGCCACUUAGUUUCACAACUUAGGAAGCAAAAUGUAACUAAAGGAAAAACUCAGUCACUACAUUGAUUUUUUCCUUCUUACUGUUGAUGUUAGUAGCAAAAAUUUAAAUUCUCCUUCCAUUAGUCUCCUCUAUUUUCAGGAAAAAAAAACCCCACCCAACAAAAUGGAAAUACUCUUACAAUAAAAUACAUAACACAUAGGGAUAAAAGAUCCAAAAUAUAGUGAAGUUUUUUAAACACUCUCUAAAAAAUAUCAGCACAGAAAAAGUUGGACGUUUGAGCAUUACAUAGGCACUUCAAGGUGAUGGGUGAGGUCAGCAUUUCCAAACUUCACUCAGAGUGAGUGAACAAGGGAUGAAUUUGCAGUCACUAACAAUGAAAACCUUCUCUUUGGACAUUAGAGUUUCGCCUUGAUAAUUGCACCUUCAAAAGAAUUUUAUCAGAAAAGCAGAAAACCACUGUGUUUUCUGAUUAGCUGAAUUUUUUUUCUGGCAGGACCAUCACGGUGCUGAUAAGAACCAGUUAUACAUCCCACUGCACAAAGUCGUGUGUCACAGACUUCUGGUCAGGAUGAAAUCUCAGCCCUACCUACUGUCAGAUUUGUCACAGAUUUAAUUGUAGCACAACUACCCCCUUAAUGUUUUUUAACAUCUUCAAAGAAGACAAUUAGCGGCUUCUGGCCAUGUCAAACAAGCAGCUUCAUGGCUUAUUCCCCUGCCAUCAUCUGGUAAGGAAUGGUUUGUCUAUUUCCAGCGAUUACUAACAGAGAGAACUGAAGCCCUUGGGAUGUGGGGGAAGCUGCGGCCGGGCACGGAAGGGAGUGAGGGCUGUGAGGGGAGUUUUGCUGGCUGCAGGUGCUGCUCCUGCUCCGGCAGUGCAUUUUCCACCCAAAUGCAUGCCAGAAACUGGGCUGCGCAGGGAAAGGGCCCAGCAGCUCCACGAACACAUAAAGAAAGCUGAACAAAACUUGUGUUCUUCACACCACGGCCACCAAGCCGCCCAGGUUUGCUCGGUGGGAGACUUUGAUAAGAUCUGGCGUGAGCACUGUGAGGAUGAGGAAACUCUGUGUGAAUAUGCUGUGGCAAUGAAAAACCUUGCAGAUAAUCACUGGGCAAAAACUUGUGAAGGGGAAGGCCGAAUUGAAUGGUGUUGCAGUGUAUGCCGAGAAUAUUUUCAGAAUGGUGGAAAAAGAAAAGCACUCGAGAAAGAUGAAAAAAGAGCACUUCUUGCUUCUAAAACCACUCCAGCUUUAAAUAUUCCUCAGACUCCCAAGAUUGAAGAUCCUUUGCCAAACUUUGGCUUGACAAAUCACGAAGCUGUGACAGAAGAGUUCCUUCACUCCUUGGGAAAGAUCAGAUUACUUGAUGUUGGUAGCUGCUUUAAUCCAUUUCUGAAGUUUGAAGAAUUUCUGACAGUUGGCAUAGACAUUGUUCCAGCUGUUGAGAGCGUGUACAAAUGUGACUUCCUAAAUCUUCAAAUUCAGCAACCUCUUCAACUGGCACAAGAUGCUAUAGAUGCCUUUCUUAAGCAACUGAAAAAUCCCAUUGAUUCUCUACCUGGAGAACUGUUCCAUGUUGUCGUUUUCUCACUCCUUCUUUCUUACUUUCCAUCACCCUAUCAACGAUGGAUAUGCUGCAAGAAGGCACAUGAACUUCUUGUAUUAAAUGGCUUAUUGCUUGUAAUAACUCCUGAUUCAUCUCAUCAGAAUCGCCGGGCUAUGAUGAUGAAAAGCUGGAAAAUUGCCAUCGAGUCCUUGGGUUUUAAACGCUUCAAGUAUUCCAAGUUUUCUCACAUGCACCUGAUGGCAUUUAGGAAAACUUCCCUGCAAACAACAAGUGACUUAGUUAGCAGGAACUACCCGGGGAUGUUGUAUAUCCCACAGGAUUUCAACAGUAUAGAGGAUGAGGAGUAUUCCACCACUGCCUGCUAUGUUCGGUCAGACACAGAAGAUGAACAGCUAGCUUACGGUUUCAUGGAGCUUCCUGAUGCUCCCUAUGACUCAGACUCUGGAGAAAGCCAGUCUAGUUCUAUUCCUUUCUAUGAGCUAGAGGAUCCUAUAUUGCUUCUAAGUUAAUGUAGUUGUUGAAAUGCCCUUUCAGUCAAACCUCUCGCUUAACUAAUUUUGCUAUACUAACAUGGGCUCAACACAGAAAAAUGGUUUGCAUAAAGAAAAUGCAAAGGUUUACAGAGUUUGCUAUUUUUUUCUACUUUUGAAUUUUAAAAUUUAUUCUUGUAUGAAAGUGAAAAAAUACAAGUUUUAUGCAAAUGACUCAUGUCAUAGCAUAAAUUGCUGUUACUUUCUUUAGAUUUGUAUCACUAUUUUUUUUCCAGAAAGGUACCAUUCUUUUCUUUAGUGCUGUGAAGUGUGAAUUCUAUUUAAUUUGUUAAAUGUUGUUUCAGUAUUUUAACUCAAUGUGGUUGAGCUUAAGGCACUGGAGUUGGUGGGCUUCUGAGAAGUAUAUGUAGGAAGAAAUAAUUUGCACUUUAAUUCAAUGUGCAGAUAGGUUAAGACACUUGGUUACAAAUGUCCUUUAUUAAUUAUGGAACAAAACUUUUUUUCUUCCAAAAUUUGUUUCACUCUGGUUAAGCUGGGGCUGGAGAAACAAUAAUGCUUGCACAUUUGAUUUUAUGUUUAUUGCAGCCCUUGUGACGUGACACCAAAACACUGGAAUAUAUUCAUCCAUAGUUCUACAUACUGUGUAAUUUCAUUACAUAAAUAGCAGUUUCUGAAGAGGCUUUUCCCCCAGAGGAGUAUGGUACGUCUAGACAAUUAUGUUUCACUUCAAAGCUGGAAUAUGUUUUGCAGUUUUAUGAGUAUACAAGCACUAAUGUAUAUCAGUAUUUCCCCAACUAUGGUGUUCUGUAUUCUUUUCCAACUGUGUUUUUUUGGGGGACAAAGUGGGUUUUGUCAUGUUUUAAGUAAAUUAUUUAUGCAUUUUAAA